AGGGUUCUCUGCAAUUCUCCCUCUCCAGUACCCUAAACCUCUCCCGCCUCUUGCUGUCUCCCUCUUACUAUCCGUACAAUGCCCAGCCAGUACUCGUCCUGACUCGUCGACGAACUCUCUUUCAUUUGUAAGUGGCAGUCUACGUUCGCCCGGAUCUGCUUUCGCGAUCCUCCUUUCGGUCUUGGCUCACUUAUGUAUACUACACCUACCGAAGAACGAAAGUUAAAAAGGCUUCCCCAUUAUCUCUGUCGCUCUUGCUUGCCUGUUCGCGUGUUUUCGCACCCUAGCUUUGCGCUUCCAAUCUCAUUACCACAAAUAUUUUGCAAUUAUUGGUGCUUUUGAAUUGCUUCGUAGUUGGAAAUGUUGGGUUUGUCAAGCCUCAAUUGGUGUAAACCCUAGACAGGAAUAUUUUUAUGAAAAUCCAUAAUAGGUUUUAAAUACUUGAUAUACGCAGCCGAGGUAACGUGUACUCUAUUUUUCAUUCAAAUGAAUAGUGGAAAAUGGUGCGUAGCCUUGCUUUUAUUGUUUCUUUUGUUGAUUGUUCUUCACGCGCCUUGCGGGUUUAUUGGUUUGACCGGUUCUCAACAGUCAAUUUUGCUGGAAAUCAUAUGUUUCAAGCUUUUUUUCUCAUUGAGGGUUUUCAUUAUCUUGGCAGAAAUCACGGAUUUAAGACAAAUUUUGAAGAAAUGGGUAAGGAGGAAAGUUCACAAGUGACCAGAAGAACUACAAGAUCCUCCGCCUCAUCCACCCCCAAUUCACACAAUUUGGCUGAAUCCACAAUACCCAGUAAUCUCCAAGCUAUGACGCUCGACGAUCUCACAUUCGGAGAUGAACCCAUAAGCUUUGAAGACUUGAUUUCUAGCUUUCCAGGAAGGCGGAUUCAAGUACAUGAACUAAUAGGCCUUAUGGGUCCAUUGAAUUCUCCCAUGAUCCCUUUGUUUGUAUAUGGAGGCGCUUCAACCGGGAAAACAAGUGUGGUUCUUCAAGUUUUCAGACACUUAAACAGGCCCUUCGUUUAUUCCAGCUGUCGUACUUGCUAUAGUCCUAGGAUUUUGUUUGAGUCAAUCUUGAAUCAGUUGUUGCUUCAUCGGAAAGAUGCAGGCAACGGGUAUUCGAGUGCAAAGCGAUGUGAAAAGCCAUCUGACUUUGUUAAUCUUUUACGCGAAGCCUUGUUGACUGUUGUAAGUAAUCUCAAGGGGGGUUUGGGGAAGUCAAGUUUGAAGAAAAAAGGGGGACGGGUUAAGGGGAAGAUGGUGUACUUGGUUAUUGAUAACCUAGAGCUUCUUCGGCAGUGGGAUAAGAGUGCUACUGUAUUGCCUUUUCUCUUUAAGCUAUAUGACAUUCUAAAUGUGCCAGAGGUGGGUUUUGUCUUUAUUAGUAGCACCUCACCUGAUACGUACUACUUAGAUACAGGUUACGUAGAGCCUAUUCCUGUCUAUUUCCCUGAUUACACAGAGGAUCAUCUUCGUGAAAUCUUCAUGAGGAACCAAGCAAACCCUAAGCUUUAUUCUUCUUUUCUCGACUUGGUAUUGAGGCCAUUAUCUAGAAUUACACGGCGCGUUGAUGAACUAUCUGCUGCUUUUUCACCAUUGUUCAAGAAGUAUUGUGAACCAUUAAGUGACAAGAGAGUUGCUCCCAGUGAAGAAAUGAAGAGAAGGUUGUUUAGUCAUCUUCAACCGCAUAUCAUGCCUUCUCUGAAUGAGGUAUUUAGGGUUUCCUCUAAGCCUUCCUCUGAAGGCAAAGUCAACAAGGAAAAGGCCAAACGCAAGGGCAUUGCACAGAGAUUUGGGGGUUCUCCACCCUUCGAUGAGUUGGAGUUCCAUAUGUCUACAUCUGCUAAGUAUCUUCUUAUUUCAGCCUUCCUUGCUUCAAGAAACCCUGCGACCCUUGAUGCAUCAAUGUUUGAUUCAACAGGGGGUUCUGAUAAUCGUAAAAGAAAGAGAAAGAGUUCUGAAAAAGCAAUAGAUAACAAGGAAAUGGCUGAACAAGAAUUGCUCAUGAAAGGACCGGGAACAUUCCCGAUGGAGAGGUUAUUAGCCAUAUUUCAGUGCAUCACAUCUGUAGCAGAAUAUUCACUUGAGGAGGAAGACCAAGCAACUAAUGGGCUAGGUGUAGACAGCGGGGAUAGUGGGCUCAUGUCGGAUGUUCUUUUGCAACUAUCCAGUCUCUGCAAUGCUAAUUUUAUCAGCAAAGGAGGAAGCUGUCCAUUGGAGGGUUCAACCCGGUACCGAUCUACAGUAUCUGAAGAUAUGGCUUUGAAGGUAGCAAGGAGCCUGAAGUUUCCUUUAUCAAAGUACUUGUACAGAAAUUGAAGUGCGACAGGGAAAGCAACUGUUUACAUUCUCCAAAUUGUUUUGGGAGUCUCAUCCGGAGGUAAUGUUAGCGUGAAGUGAUAUAUUUCAUUCACUUUGAAUUCAAAGAGCCAUCAACUUGGUGAAGCAUGAUUUUAAGAUUUCGAGUAAAUCUCAUAGAUGAGCAGUUGAAUACAUAAACAUCUUUCCUGAAUUGAUGUAGUGGACAGUGAUGACCACCUGUUGGUCAUGGGUAUUUUGGAAGGGCUGAGAGAGAAAAAUUGAUAUUGGAUCCCACUCAUUUAACUAGUUGCCCUACUGUUAAAAGGUGUAUAUAUGUUUGCCUUUUCUUUGCUUUCAUUUAUGUGUAGCCAAUUAACCUGGGAGCUCAACAAAACAUGUUAAACUGUUAAAAUGUAGCGUCAUGAAAUUUGUUGUUCAUUACAUGGUUUUCAUUGCAAGUCAUUUUUUCUUACGGAUCUGCUGAUGUUCAUGAGCUGGAUGGUGAAAUUUGACACAAAUGAACAUGCUGAUGAAUGUUAGAGCUGGAUAGUGAAAUUUGACACAAAUGAACAAAGAAACAAGACGUGAAUUGUAAGGUACUCUUGAUAAUACACCAAUCGAGUAUCAAAGAUGUUAGGAUGGUAUCAGAUUUCCUUCUUACAGAUUGCAUGUACUUUGAAUACUGUAUGAGCCAAAGAGAAGUUUAACGGGUAAAAAUUACCCAUAACAAUCCUAAUUUAGCUGAGAAACAUGAAAUAGAAGCAAUGCCCUGGAGCCAACCUGCAAAAUUGUCAGGAGUUGGGGAUUAAGAGCCUCAUGAUUUAGUAAGAGAACUUUGAAUAUGGUGAUCUCUUAGCCAUAAAUGGUAAACAUAUCUUCCUUUUGUGUUUAAAAUUCUGAUAUUCCUCCCAUCUCUAACUGCUUCAUCUCUUCUCAUCCCUCCCCCUCUUGGUAUACCUAGUCCAGAAUCUUCUCUCCUGUUGAAAAUAUGUUCCAGACUAAUGUGCCGAUAAUGUACAAAACAACAGCUACCUUAAA